CUGUGGAUGAUGAUCUUUACCACUCUUUUGAUGACCGUGAGCAGUUUAUGCUUUCUUCUCGCUUUAUAUUGAAUUUCCACCUGUUGUUUACACAGGAAAAAUGGCUAUGAUCAGAAACAAUGCGGCUGCUAAAGAGUUGAUGAUCUCAUACACUGUUCAGGAGGAUUAUGAAAAGCUUCUGAGUAUUGUAAGAGAGACCAAAGUGAUAUUUAUGGAUGUAGAACGGCGGAGUUUGCGGAGAUGGAAUCCUAGAGUGCAUGUUUGUUUGAAAAAGAUUAACGAAUUAUAUUACGAAGCAGUUGACGUGUUAGACAAGUUGUCAUAUGAAUCCACCACGAGAAUUAUUCAAAUGAAGGAGGAGAAGGCGGAGAUGGAAAAGUACUACUAUUACUAUUGCAUGAUCAACAGAAAGCAGAGAGGUACUGUUAUCGGGGAAGCUAGGGAGUUGAUGAAUCUGUGGAUCAUCCAAAGAAGCGAGGAGAUGAAGAAACUAGUACAGAGCAACUUCAUGUUUUGAAAACGGCUAGCAUUCCUUCAGACAGCACUAGUACGAGUGGGACAGAUCCAGUCUGGACAGAAGAAGAGAGUAGUCCACAAUAAGCACCAUCAGGGCAUUCGUCAUAUCACACCCUGAUUCAUUACUUGAAUGGGAACUAUCGUAAGGAAUAGUUUUGUGCUUUCUUGUAA